AUGGCCGGAAGACAACCGGACUAUGGAGAUGAGAAGGGGAGCGAAACUCUACGGGGUAUCUGCUAUUUGCAGGGACGGCUUCAACCACACGAUGCCACUAGUGUAGUGACUUUGGAGUCUGGGGUCUGGGGUCCUCGCGGCGCGGCGUCCGGCGUCUGCUUUGAGACUAAAGCUAACGACACCCACGACAGCGGUCACCAGUGGGGUGUCGACAUUUACGUCCGGAUCGGCAAUUCCCAGAUCACUGUCGAUAGAGCCGAGUGGGAUCGGGGAACGGGAAUCUCGUCGAGUACCCGAGGCAUUUGCAGGUUGCACGAUAUGAAACUGGGGAGCUACACAGACGGCUAUUGA